AUGGUCUUGAGACUCGCCUUCUUGUCCGCCUUUCUUUCCCUGCUGGCCGUGGCCGUUGCGGCCAUCCCUAAGACCGACUACGACGUUAUCAUCGUCGGCGGUGGCCCGGCCGGCCUCAGUGCCCUGAGUGGUGUCUCUCGUGUCCGCAGAACGGCGCUGCUGUUUGACAGCCGGGAGUACCGCAAUGCUCCCACCCGGGAAAUGCAUGAUGUGAUCGGCAACGACGGCACUCCACCCGCCGAGUUUCGCGCGCUGGCCCAAAAGCAAAUCUCUGAAUACCCGACCGCUCACAUCAAGAAUGGCACCGUCAAGUCGAUCACUCCGACCGGCGAUGGCAACAUCACUACCUUCUCUGUGACCGAUAAGGAGGGCAAGAAAUACACUGCUCGGAAGAUUGUGCUCGGCACGGGCCUCAAGGAUGUGCUGCCCGCCACGCCCGGUCUGAAGGAAGCCUGGGGCAAGGGAAUCUUCUGGUGCCCAUGGUGUGAUGGCUAUGAGCACCGUGACCAGCCCUUCGGCAUUAUCGGUGACCUGGCGGAUGCGCUCGGCAGUGUCCUGGAGACCAACACACAAUUUUCGGACAUUAUUGCUUUUGUCAACGGCACCCAGACGCCACAGGGCGAGGCCAAGGCAACUUCCCAGCAUGAAGGCUGGGAGGAGCAGCUCAAGGCGUGGAACGUCAAGAUCGAGAACCGUACCAUUUCCUCAAUCGAGCGCAUCCAGGACGGGAGCACCCACCGCAAUGCCUCGGGUCAGUACGAUAAGUUCCGCGUGCACUUCACCCACGGCAAGCCAGUCGAGCGCAACGCGUUCAUCGUGAACUUCCCAUCCGUCCAGCGCUCAGAUCUGCCAGAGAAGCUGGGCCUGACCGUCAGCGACGAGAAGGUUAAGGUGACCAGCGACGACCAGCGCACCAACAAGAAGGGUGUCUGGGCCAUCGGUGACGCCAACAGUGACGGCAGCACCAACGUGCCGCACGCCAUGUUCAGUGGCAAGAAGGCCGCUGUGUAUCUUCACGUGGAAAUUUCUCGCGAGGACUCCCAGUCUAAGAUCUCCAAGCGAAGCGGCUCGCUCUCCCGUCGUGAGCUCGAGAGGGAGGCUGUCGAUGCCAUUGGCGACAACCUGGAGUCGCAGUGGAAGCGCAUUCAGCCAAAGAACUAA